AAACUGUGUUGUCCCUCGUGGUUAGACAUGACCUCGGUCCAAAUUGAUCCCAGUUUCACUGGCUAUGGAAAGACCGGAGUUUGUCUCCUCAAGAUUAGACGGAGUGGAAAAUAUCACGGAAUCAAGCAAAUCGAAGUGUCUACAGAGCUGAAGUUGAACAACUACGAUGACUAUUUCCGCGGCGACAAUGCCAGCAUAGUACCUACCGAUACUCAAAAAAACACCGUGUAUGCUUUAGCAAAACAGCAUCAGGCAAGUAAAUUCAUUCAUUUUACUGUGCAAAUUUAUUGGAACAAAAGAAAACGUUUACAUAAGAAAAGAGUUCAACUCCCACAGGACUGGUUUGUAGUCGAGCCGCUGUCAACAGUAAAACUCCAAAUGGCUGACAUGUGUAAGGUUCGAGCACGAUGCUUAACUUGAUAAAGCUGAGAAACUUAAGCUUAGGUUUGUUUCAUCAGAAUACCCUACUUAGCUGUAAGGCCGCAUGUCCCCCUCCCCCGAAAAUCAUCCCGCCCAAAGAAAAUGUCUGGCCACCUGAGGGAAAACACAGAAUUGUGGUACUGACAGUUAAUCUAUGAUGAAUGAAAUUGGUAGGGCAUCCUUUUCAAUCUUCUGAUCAGUUCGAGGUAAUCUUACGUUUCCUCACAGUGGCUGAGGUUGAUUGCUGGUGCAUAGAUGCUUGAGAUAAACAAACACGCGAGAUGGAUAAAACUUUGAGUAAGCAUUACAGAUCAUAAAUACGGUAUCGGUAUUUCGUCGAUUUUCAACACGGUUUUUCGCUAUUUGCCAAUUUUUCUUACGGUAUUGUGGUAUUGGGUACCCCCCAAUGUCCCCUUUCGGAGGAGUUAAAGUUCUAUGGAAAGAUGGAAUUUCUGAAGAAUGUUCAAGUGAACACGAAAUUUUUCAGACGGUAUGGAGCAGAAAUACAAAAUUUCUGUAGAUUACUUGAGGGACACAUUUUCUGAUAAAAUAUUACUUGAAUUAAUUAGCAUAUUAUUUGUUUUGAGGGCUAUUGGGAACUCGUGACCUGUCAAUGGUUUGCACCAGGAUAUAAUGUCAAUUUCCCUACCUUUGAGUCUUCGAUGUGAGUCAAAUUCCCGCCCCUGGGGUGAACUACCCAGGUCCUCUCCACUUUCCAAGAUGGCAGUUAAGUCAAGUUUCCCACCUUGGAGACGUUCAGGAUGUCAAAUUUCCUACCCACUUGUGCUUCACUAAGUCAAAUUCCUGUGGGUUGCCCAGGCCCAGACUAGUAAAAUUUACUACUCAUUUAACCCAUUCGCUCCUAAAGAUUUUGCCGAAAAACGCGUUUUGAAGCUAGUCGAGUGGUUUUCUGGUCACUGUCGUGCUAUAAAGAGCUAAAACUUACCACAAACCGGUUUACAGGUCGUACACUUGGCGGCCUUCUGAUCCAGAUGCAAAAUAUCAGCUUGCGAAGUUCGGGCAUGCGCAAAAAGCAAAAUUUCGACUUAGUUUUUGGGUUUAAAAGUGACACAGUAGUCUUGACUUUUACUUUUCGCUUUCUCUCCUCCCUUCUUUUUUCACUUUUCUUGCCUCAUUUUUUUUUCUCUUGCUGGGCAUUUAGUAGGCUUCAUUUUGGUGGGAAGAGUUUUUAGGAAAGCUUUUAGGAUCUUAGGAUUAGGUGAAAGGAAAGGUAGGUGGGUAAUGGAACAAGAUUUUCAUGGAGAUUUUCAGGUCCUUGUCACGUGGUUUUUUGCUUCUUUCUCCGGUGUCCUUGACUGAAUUGUGCUCAUUCUGGUAUGGUUUGAAAGAUCUCUUCACUCUGCACAAGUUAGCGAAGAAAGUUGUCCUUGACGGUUAAAACUGAUGACGUCACAAAGGGUAGAAAGGACCUGGAUCCGCACGGGCGGUUACGGGCGGUUCAGGGGCGAAUGGGUUAAUCAAAAAACCUAAAUAUGGCCUUUUACCAACUUUUUUUCACCUGAUUUUACAUGAAAUAGACAGAUUUGGUUGUUUUAUGCUGAAAAGUGGAUUUUUUCAAAAAAGCUUGGUACUCUGCUUAACCCAUUCGCUCCUGGAGAUUUUGCCCGAAAAACGCCGUGUUGAAGCUAGUCGAGUGGUUUUCUGGUCACUGUCGUGCUAUAAAGAGCUAAAACUUACCACAAACCGGUUUACAGGUCGUACACUUGGCGGCCUUCUGAUCCAGAUGUAAAAUAUCAGCUUGCGGUUCGGGCAUGCGCAAAAAGCAAAAUUUUACUUAGUUUUUGGGUUUAAAAGUGACACAGUAGUCUUGACUUUUACUUUUCGCUUUCUCUCCUCCCUUCUUUUUUCGCUUUUCUUGCCUCAUUUUUUUUUCUCUUGCUGGGCAUUUAGUAGGCUUCAUUUUGGUGGGAAGAGUUUUUAGGAAAGCUUUUAGGAUCUUAGGAUUAGGUGAAAGGAAAGGUAGGUGGGUAAUGGAACAAGAUUUUCAUGGAGAUUUUCGGGUCCUUGUCACGUGGUUUUUUGCUUCUUUCUCCGGUGUCCUUGACUGAAUUGUGCUCAUUCUGGUAUGGUUUGAAAGAUCUCUUCACUCUGCACAAGUUAGCGAAGAAAGUUGUCCUUGACUGUUAAAACUGAUGACGUCACAAAGGGUAGAAAGGACCUGGAUCCACAUGGGCGGUUACAGGCGGUUCAGGGGUGAAUGGGUUAAUCAAAAAACCUAAAAAUGGCCUUUUACCAACUUUUUCACCUGAUUUUACAUGAAAUAGACAGAUUUGGUUGUUUUAUGCUGAAAAGUGGAUUUUUUUCAAAAAGCUUGGUACUCUGCUUAACCCAUUCGCUCCUGGAGAUUUUGCCGAAAAACGCGUUUUGAAGCUAGUCGAGUGGUUUUCUGGUCACUGUCGUGCUAUAAAGAGCUAAAACUUACCACAAACCGGUUUACAGGUCGUACACUUGGCGGCCUUCUGAUCCAGAUGCAAAAUAUCAGCUUGCGAAGUUCGGGCAUGCGCAAAAAGCAAAAUUUCGAAGUUUUUGGGUUUAAAAGUGACACAGUAGUCUUGACUUUUACUUUUCGCUUUCUCUCCUCCCUUCUUUUUUCGCUUUUCUUGCCUCAUUUUUUUUUCUCUUGCUGGGCAUUUAGUAGGCUUCAUUUUGGUGGGAAGAGUUUUUAGGAAAGCUUUUAGGAUCUUAGGAUUAGGUGAAAGGAAAGGUAGGUGGGUAAUGGAACAAGAUUUUCAUGGAGAUUUUCAGGUCCUUGUCACGUGGUUUUUUGCUUCUUUCUCCGGUGUCCUUGACUGAAUUGUGCUCAUUCUGGUAUGGUUUGAAAGAUCUCUUCACUCUGCACAAGUUAGCGAAGAAAGUUGUCCUUGACCGUUAAAACUGAUGACGUCACAAAGGGUAGAAAGGACCUGGAUCCGCACGGGCGGUUACGGGCGGUUCAGGGGCGAAUGGGUUAAUGAUCAAAGAUAAAAGUUUUGCCAAAAACAUGAAAUAGCUCCUGUAUUUAAAAUAUACCAUCUUGUGCAAGUUCAACAAAAUCAUCUGGCCCCAGUAAAUGUUCCAAAGGUGGAUAAUACUAUAUCCACUGGAUAAAUCACAAUCCAGGAUAGCGUAAUUGGUUUCCCUAAAACUUAUCUGCUUUUUACUGAUCUAUGCGGUAGAUAGCAUUAUCCAGCAUUUGAACAACUGGGCCCCGGAUCAUUGUGGUUAUCCAAGUCAUCCCGAAAUAUGUUCAGGCGAUUGAAACAAUCGUGUAGGAGUGCGUCUGACCUUUGGAUUGUUCUAGUGAACUAAAGACCCCUCUUAGGCUCAGGGUUUUCAAUAAGGUUUUAAGUAGGUGGCAAAAGCUUUGGAAUAGGCGAAGAAGGAAAAACUUGCGCCAAAAGUGGGAGUUACUAUGGGGGUGCGGGGGCAUACUUCCUGGAAAAAUUUUGAAAGCUGGGCCUGUUAGAGUGCAUUUCCAGCAUUCUGGAGCAAAAUUAGAGUGUUUGAACAGAACACAGACAUCAUUAAAUUUUAGCUUUUUGGGGGGUAAUUUCCAAAGAAAAGUGGGCAGUGAGUUCACAUGAAAUAGCCGGCGAAUUUUGCUGGCCGCCAGCUCUUAUUGCAAACCCUCUAGGUGGUUGAGGUGACUGGGCAGUUCAGAAUCUACCUUACCAUUUAUGUUCAUGUACUGCAGCAGAACUAGAUGUAGCUCAGUCAGUGGAGUGCUUGACUAUUCAAUGCAGGACCUUGUGAAUUCAAUCGCCUGAAUAUCCCUGGGGCCGGACCAAUACUCAUGGUCUUAAAAUAAUUGAGAAAUGAAGGUACUGCUUUUGCCCUUCAAACGGCUAAGCCUUUAUGAGUCUCAGAUGGCCAUGUAAAAUUGUGGUCCCAACUUCAGUAGAAGAUGUAAAAAUAGUCUCCUUCAUUAGUACUUUACUCGUACUAAAUACAUAUCAUUGACGCUGAACAAGUCAUUUUGCCCAGAAUUCAUUGCACUUGAGUAAGGUUACCUUACUCAAUUGCACUGAAUUCUAGGGAAAAUGACUUGUUCAGUGUCAAUGUAUUUUAAGCAUAAAACAAGUACUAAUGGAGGACACUAUUUUAGACCCAGAAUAUUUUAGACAACUACAACUUGUACAAUAUGUAUAACCAUACAAUAAUAUUUUUGGGUUUUACAGCUCAAUACCAUUGAGGAUUUUGCCCUCGACAUCUGCACUCAUUUCCUAUCAACACACAAGCAGGUAUUGUGAAUUUUUUUAUGUGGUUAUCUUUUGUAUUUAACACAUUGUAUUUUGGGUGCUUCGUUCAAUAGUGCAAAAAUUUGCUGAGUAGAUAACAAGUACUGUUUUUUUCUCACAAAGUGUUAUUAGCAAAUCUUUAAGUAGUGAUGUAUCUUUCUUGCAAUAUACAGGUUAAUCAGGUAUCUGUUGAAAUUGAGGAAACACCUUGGAGAAGCCUUCAACAGGUACCAUGCUAGCUGUUAAUUCUGUUGUUUCAUCAAAUAUCAGACCAAAAAGCUUAUCUACCCCCUCCUUCACAUAAGCUUUUUCUGUUAGUUAAUGCUUAUAUGUACAACUCCACCUGAAAAGGAGAAAUGUUAGUGUAACUUCACACACUCCACAGUGUGCAAAGAAAGUGGUGUCUGACAGCCCGUGGCUAGUGGAUUUUGCUAUUGGGCUGAUGAAUUCUGUUUUCAACUUGCCCGAUGGGCAAGUGAUCUAUUUUGAGGAAUUCGAAAAACAGAAGAACUGUGAGAUCAAUUCUGCUCGUCAAAGAGCUUUUGGGCUAGUUGAAAUGACGUCUGGGCUAGUAAAUGUUAGCUUCAGCUUGCCUGAAUGGCAAGCUGUAAACAUGAUUUUCUUCGCAACCUGCUCCAGCUUCUAUUUUCUUGAGUCUCCUGGCUCCUCGCCCCAUACUCUGUCUAGUACCCUCCUCCCCGGAGGGGGUGUGGAUUAUGGAUUGUGUGGUUCCAGAAAAUAUCCACCUACCCCAUGCACGCGGUCAGUGGAUAUUCUGAUAUCAUUGGGAGGGGGUCGAGCUAAACUGGGUUUUUUAGGUGCUGUAGGAAGUGGCCAGGGGUUCAAACCAAAAAGACCCUCAUGUUGAGCUAAACAAAAAAUCUCAGUUCAUAAACAUAUAUUUUUUGGCUGCUAAUGCAAUAAACAUGUUACAUGUGAACAAUAAUUGCACAGAUAUAUUUUGGAAAAGUUUUUUUUAGAGACUUGUUUUCAGGUUGUAGGUGUUACAAAGGAAGUGGUAUUAAUGUGAGAAAAAAAUGUUGCCUUAUUUAUGCUCUGGUCAUUAUUUUUUUGGCACAGAUUUUGCUAGAAAGUCUAAUUAUCAGUUGUGAAAUGAGAAAAGUUCAACUUAACUUAUAGUGUUCCAUCUUCUUUUGAAACAGGGAGGUGUUGAGCAUGCUCAUGCAUUUGUUUACAGCCCAGAAGUGAUAAGAUUCUGCUCUGUCACUUAUGCGAGAGGAGGUUUGUGUUCUUUUAUUCUGAAAAUCUUAUUUUCAGACCUUAAUUAAAUUCUUGAGUUUAAUUUCUUCAAAUAUUUGUAAGACAUAAAAAUGUUAUUGAUUGUUAGUUAAUGCUCUAAGUUGAGAGCAGUGCUGAUGUUCGUUUUCCUGUUUUGGAUUAGGUAAAGAAAAAACCUUUUGUCGGUUGAGAAGUGUUUACUAUAGUUGAACCUCGAUCUCCACAAUGGCCACCUUGGGAAAAGAACAAAGUGGCUGUUGCAGAGAGGGUUAAACAAGAGUCAAUGUAUGGAUCAGCUCCUCUGGGACCACAAAAAGUGGAUGUUGUAGAGAUCUAGAGGUGGCUGUUUGUGGAGAGUUCGACUGUUACUUUGAAUGAUGCCUUUUGAAUGAAGCCAGCAAUGUCACAAAUUCAAUUAAGAUAUAAUGCUAAAUUGACUUAUUCUGAUAUUUAUACCACUACAUAAAAAAUUUCUGCGAUUUGAUUGGCUUAGAGGAGUGGUAUUUCAGCUUAAUUUGAAAUACCUACAUGUGAAAAUUACAAACCUUUUACGGGUAGCAGUAUAAACAAAUAAUAGCAUGAUUUGUAAUUUUGACUUAUUUCUUGUCUAAAAUUUCACUUUCGCCUGAACAGGAAAUGAUUACCUUUUGAAAUAUCAAAAAAAAAUAUCACUACUAAUCAUGCUAUUACCUAUACUAAUAGGUGAUUACCUUGAAAAUAAAAUGAUUACUUCUGACCUUUUUGCAUAGAAAAACCAAAGCUGUCUGGUGGUCUCAAAGAAAUGAGGAUUCUCAAGACAACUCAAUCAGGAUUUACUGGUAACAGCUUUGUUAUGUAAAAGAAAUAAAAAAUUGCACUGUUUUUCAGCAGCUAUUAAUCUUUCUUGAUAAAUUAUAGUAACCUUGUUUCAAUCCUGCAGGAUUUUGUAAAGACAAGUACACUAUUUUGCCAGAAUCAACUGACCGCACAUUUUGUACCAAAGUAUACUGCCGAUACCAGUUUGAUGCGAUGAAAGGUGUUAAUUUUGAUAACUGCUGGUAAGUAAUAUUGAGUGUUAAAAACAUAUGUUUACACCACAGACGAGUCAGUCACUACAGACGAGUCAAACAAUUAGUGGUAUGGUGGUGGUAACUUUAAAAAAAAAUUAUUCGAAAGUUGGAGUUUCCACAGGACCAUACAUGUAGGUCCCUGUAGCCUUGUUGAAACUCCAGUAUUUCUUUAAAAUUAGUGGUACUGUACCACUUUUUUUUACUGGUCCGGACCAAAUUUUUCGUUGUAAAUGUGCUUCAUAUAUCUGAAUUUCUUUUAUGGGUCAAUGAUGGCCAUGCCUGUUGGGCAAUGUGUAUACUGUAAAAUUCCAAAAUAAGCCCUGGGGCUUAUAUUUUUCAAAGGCCUUUUUUGAGGGGCUUAUUUUUGUAGGGGCUUAUAUUCGGAGGGGCUUACCUACGGAGGAAAAUUUGUGUCUCAAAAUCGAUUGGGCUAGCCUUAUAGUUGGACGUAAAUUUACCGUUGUUUUACUUUGUAUUUGAGGGCAAUUUUCCAAUUAUUUCAAGCCCCCAGGGGGCUUAUAUUUGGAGGGGCGAUUUAAAGGAGGGUUUUUUACAGUACCGGUUUGGGGGGCUUAUAUUUGGAGCCUGGGCUUAUACAUGGAGGGGCUUUUUUUUGCAAUUUUACGGUAAUUGUCAUCAUUGACAUGUUAUUAGGCCCUUUCUUGGUGCGGUAUCAUAUGUCUGACAUGGAAAUUUUUUGGUUUAAUGGUUUGUGUCCCUGUUGGUAUCUUAUCAUGUUACCACAUGUAAACUACUAAAAUCAAUGUAUUUGCAGUUGCCUUCUUUGUUGUUGCAGUUUCCAUCCCGCUUCAUGUCAUUGUCAUCACUUCACCUGCCUUUCAUUGCUGUUUUAAGGCUAUAAUUGUCACUUGUCAAAACAAACCCUUACUGGAGGGCUUUUAUUAGCUAAUCCUGAUUUUGAACAUAUUUUGAAUAGAGCUGUUGCUCAGAGGUUAAUACUUGUAGACUGGGGGAUAAAAAAGUGCUACUGACUCAAAGCAGGUGCUUGAUAGGUUAGAGAAAAAUGUUUGUAACUAACUUUUGUUAGGUUGCAAAAUCUUAGGAUUUUUUAACAUUGUUUUCUAGAAAAAUGGAUUUCUCUUUUCUUCCUGAAUAUUCAUUCUGUAACAAUGUUUCCUUAAUCCUGCAGAGUAAAAUAAUAUUAAUAAAUCCUGUACCCCUUUCUUAUCCAAUUCCAUUCUCACUCUCCCUCCCUUUUAAACCCUGAAUCCUGAAAAACCUUUGUGGGGACAAAAAGUUUUGAAGUAGAUGGAUUAAUUGUCAAAGUAAAUGCCAGUCCAGGGAUAUUUUAUUUAAAAAAUGCCAUCCGUAAAGAAAUGCCAAGCGGAGUCAAGAGCUGGUCGAUACUAACCAAGUAGGUGGCAAUUUUCGCCGGCAACCAGCUACUUUUGACAACCCUGGGGAACCUCUAAAUAGGCCUCUGUUUUGAUUCCAAAGGAAUUUUGUCAAGAGCACCAUCGUGGAAGAGUUUGCUGGUCCUCCUCAUACUGGUGUCUAUUCACCCUCAGUUCAGGUGAGUCUUCCUAGUUUGUUGAAUAGAGACUAGUCUACUUUUAAACAAAUUCUCCCCAGUGGUACAAGGAGAAAUAUGUGGACAACAGUGUAGAGAAUAUGCUUGUUGAUAUAGAGGUUAAAGGGGGUUAAAGAUAUGUUUAUGUUCUCAGUUCUGUUUUACACCAAACAAGGUUACCCCAUUGCACACUCCACAUUGACUCAGCAGUUCAUGUUAUCUUUUACUUACUAAAAAAAGUUAAAGGUUUGUUUAUGGUGGAAAGUGAACUUAGUUUAUCUAGCUAAUUUACAGGAACUCCACUCAAAUAAUAAUAAUAAUUAUUAUUAGAAGCAAAUAAUCCAAACAGAACACAACAGGAGGAUUAAAAACCCCAACUGACAGGAAGCAACCAGUUGAUCAUGACUAUUUACAUGUGUGGCGGGGGAUUUGAACUCAGAACAAAUCCAGCUAGCGGUCAGGGCGGGACUUGAACCCAGGACUGCCAGAUAGCAAGUGCAAUGUGGUGACCACUCAGCCACAUUACCUUCAACAGUAAAUCUGUUCCCUAUUGUGUUUCAAGACCUACCAUAAAUCUAUAACCCUGGACAAAACCUGUUGAGACACAUUGCUAAAAUACCUAUUCUUCCUGUCAUCCUAGCAAAAAAUUAAUGGAAACUGUCACCAAAUGAGUGUCCGUUUUCCCAGCUCCCCUUAUCCAAUCUUGUUUCGCGUAACAUGAGAAUUAUACACAUUGGUUUUUAGACCAAAGGAAGUUUGAAUAGGGGGGAAGGAGGGGUUUUACUUUUUCUGUCUAGAAGAGAUGGUGAUAUAUUGCAAACAUUAGUAUUUAGAAAAUAGGUGGAACUGUCAUCUCAGCUUUGUACUGUAGUUCCACUAUGAAAGGUCACCGUUUCAUCAGUAGAUCUCAUAGUGGAGAUCAUGUGGCCUAGUUCUUUAGUGGGUAAGUCUUUGAUUGAAGUACAGUAAUGUGAUUGGUCAGUCAAAUGAUUGCUCUUCAGCAGGAAAGAGUCAAUGUAAUUCACACACUUUUGUUUUGGUGAAUGUUUAAGGUUAUCUGCAGGCAUGAAGGUUAUACUAUACACUGUAACUAGGCAAUCUUACUGUUUCUUUUAUAUUUCUGUUAACAGAACACUUUGUACUUGGCAGAGCAGAAGAUUUUAAACAGCAUCCCUCAGGUGGGUUACAACUUUUGAUUGGCUGUACUACAAUCCUGGACAAAACUACUUGAGAAAAUGUUUUCAUUAAUGCGCACUACCUAACGCAACAAAACUAUUCCCAAAUCAACAGCUUUGCGUAAAGAAACCCCCUUCCCCCAGUUCAAAGUUGCUUCCUACAAGUGCAUAGGGAUCCGGCUUUCUUUUGAAGACCCAACAACAUUGCUUCCAGGGGGAGAGGGGGAGGGAAGAAUCGGUCGGCUACGAAGUUUAGAAAAAAUGACCCCCAAGAAGGCAAUUUUCUCAACAGUUUUGUCCAAGAUUGAAGCUUGUCCAUGCAAGCAAUUAAAAGGAGGGCUUAAAAAUGCGCUAUAAUUCCCUGCUUUAUUUUUUUUAAUAAGCUACAAGUAUGUCUAAUGGACCUCAACAACUCCCAACAGCCCAACAAUGUUGGGAGUUGUUGCAUGUGUGUUGGCAGUGGUGUGCAAACGGAUGCAACAACUCCCAACAAUGUUGGACCUACAGUGCAUUAUGGGAAGGAUACAACCCAUAAGACUUUGUAAACUCAAAGAAGACCACGUGUAAUACUCGUGCAUGGCCCCAGCAAUGUUGGAGAAGCUGUGCAAAUGGAUCCAACAUUGUUGUGCUACGCCUCGGUGAUCAGAGAACAAAAGGAAUGUUGGGAGUUGUUUACUCAAAAGUUUGACCAUUUUCAAACUUUUUGCACCAAAUCCCAAAAACAUGCCACAACAUGCAAGAGGGUGUGCAAUCGGAUUCAGGGGACGUACUUAAGUAGCAAUAUGAGAGCACUUGUUUUGUUGACUUUCAUGGGCAAUGUAAACAAACGACGACAUCUUAAAAUCUGCUUGUUAAAAUGUGACAAAAUUUGGCAGAAAUCAAACUUCAGUAAAUGAAGGCCGUAAAAUAAUAGUUGAACAAACGAGUUUUGUGGCAUAUUCAAAUUUCUCAUGAAAGCUAUUUUGUCAAAAAUUUCAAUAAGUUUGUAAAAGAGGACAUAUUUUUUCCUGUCACUUUUUUAAGAAAAUGAGGGUGACUAAGACUGGACUUUGUGUAAACCUACUAAACUCAAGAUUUUAGGCAUUGUUUAAUCGUCCAUGUUGCCAUGGCAACGACCAAUAUCUUACGUUCAACCUAAUGAUGUAUUUUGUCCGUACCAAAUGUGAGUUUUAUACCGGGAACGAGUCUUAAAUAACAUCCCAAUGAAUCAUAACGACCCACAAGCUAUCAAACUGUGUUCAGCCACCUUAACAGCUUUACUUGACCAGGGAAGAUGCUGGCUGAAUAGACUACUGGCCUAAAGAACUCAGUAUUUUAGCAUAGGCCGGGAAAUUCCACUGUCAUUUGAUGAUAGCCCUGAUGCCAUGAUCAGUGACAUUCUGAGCUUACACUGCCGCCUGGUUGGCUCAGUUGGGAGAGCGCCGGUCUGCCGAGCGGGAGUUCGAGGGUUCAAACCCCAGCCGGACCAACACUCAGGGUCUUUAAAUAACUGAGGAGAAAGUGCUGCCUUUGUAAUGACAUCUGCAAAUGGUUAGACUUUCUAGUCUUCUCGGAUAAGGACGAAAAACCGUACACAGCACUUUCCCUGCUUUGUUCUUGUAGGACGUAAAAGAACCCACAUCACUAUUCGAAAAGAGUAGGGGUCGUAGACUCGGGUGGUGUGGCCAACCUUUACGGGUUGUGGGUUUGAGUAGGGAUGGCAGCUCGCAUGGGACCUGAGUCCCGUUCGUGCACAUUCCCUCUGGGCUGGCCUGUGUCCAGAAAAGCUGGUAAAUAAUAAAUAAAUAAACAUUAUAACCGUAAUUAUGUAUGUAGUUUGGUGGACAUUCUCUUUGGUUAAGAUGGCCUCUAGUGCUGACUGAGCGAUAAUCAUUGUGUGACUGCGAUACUUAACAGUAUCAAUAACAUUUCUGAUCUUGAUGGGGUGUCGAUUGACUCGUAUUUUGGCACAGAACUCUGACUUUGUUAUUUUGCUUUUGUGUUUCGUUGCAGAUUAGUUAUAUAGAGAUGGCAAUGCCUAACAUUCAUUAUUUUACUGUUAAUAUGGCACCAUUUGGAUUGACCAAUAAAGAUGAGGUAUAUAACAGGUUUAACAGUUGGUUAAUAGCUAGAGAAUCUUGUGUGGGAAAACAAAACUAUUUUCAUGGGGAAUGCAUCACUUGACAGUAAGGCCUCGUUCCUAAAACUUCAUUCAUUUUCAUGCAAUAUUGACAUGAUAGCUGGGGCAUCCUCGGAUACUGUGCAUUGGCACACGAAACAACUUCUAAUACCCACGUGGGAUGUAGUGACUCAACAGGCCUUAUUUGAGUGGCUGAGGCGGGUUUGUGGGCGCGAACAAGAGACACGCGGGAGAAUUUUCGCUUUUCCCUGCUAACGCAUGUCUCGAACUUUACACUCGCGCCUCCGAAUUCGCCUCAGAGCCCUGAUAGGGACCUCACGAAACCACGAUGAGAGCGACAGAAAAGGAAAAGGUUUAGGACUUGUUUACAUGGAAAUGGAUGCCCGAUUAGGUGGAGUAGCGGCCUGUCUAUAUAAUCCCCCCUUUUAAUUUGAUCACGUGACGUUUACAUAACGGGUGGGAUGACACGCCGAGGUGGGUAGCCCGGUCUGCUAGACCGGGUACUUCUCUUAGUGAGGGUCAAAUUUUGCCAUGUAAACGUUUCAAGGUGGGGUAACCAGCCUAGCCGGGCUAGGAUUACACCAAAUUCGAGCCUUGAAUCUGAAUUCGGAUCUGACAAACUGAAGUUCCCUUUCUGUGUAGAUUUUGAUGCCCACUGACAAGCCGGCAGGAAUUAUAAAAGCUGCUCUUUCAAGAAAUCCCAAGGCAAAACUGUAAACUCGACCGAGGACAGCUCAAGUUACCUCUGCGAGGAGAAAGUGUGGUUGCAAUGAUUUUAGCCUGAGUGCAGGCUCACUUGUGCGAUUUCGGGGAGCGUUUUGGCGGCGGAGCGGCCAUCGCGCGAGGACCUCGCGCAAGUGACCCUACCUACUCACAAGCUGCAUUUAUCUGAACAAAAGAAAAUAUUCAAGGACAAAGGAAACACUGUCGUGACUCACUAUAAGACCUCGAUGUUGGAAUGUUAGAAUAAGAAAAUAAAUAAAGUGCAGUUAAAGAAAAUCGUAAUUAUGAUCAAACUACAUCAAAUAUUGAUAAUAUUUUAAAUUGGACUAUUUAUAGCCAACCAGUGUUGUGGUCCAUUCUACUUCGCAAUAUGCAUUUUACGGUUUAGGCUAUGCGAAGCGUAGAUAGUUUAGACCUUUUAGAAUUAAUGUAUUUAGUUCUUCAAUAAUUUACUAUUGUAGCGCACGGCUUCCUGGGAGAGCACUGUUUAGUGGAGAGAACUCCGUGGAUAAAUAAAGUUGUUGUUGUUGUU